GCCAUCCUCUCUCUCUCUUCUCUUCGUCCCUAACCCCCCUCCCUCUCUCUCUCUCCAACUCACACAUCAACUCCAAGUGCAUAUACACAAAUACUCCCACAUACACAUCAAUUCUUUUUUGAUUCUUUAUUGGUGAUAGGAUUAUCAUCUGAAAUUAACUUCAAUUCAUUGCUUUCAGCUUCUAAUUCACACUGUUUGAUGCAUAUGAGCAUCGUUUUCUAUGGAAAGUUUCACUUCGUUCGGAGAAAUCGAAGUUGAAAUUUGAAGGAUCAGACGAUUCUUUUAUCUAUUUUUCUUCAUUUCUGUUCCUAUCUUGGUAAGCAACACUAAGUCUUUCUGUGUUAUUAUUGGGAUUGAGUUUUGGAUGAUUAAAUUCAACCGGAGUUUGACUUGUUGUAUUGGGAAGUUCUUUUCUUUUUCGUGUGGCGAUUUGGUUUCGAAUUUGAGUACAGGUGCUGCUUAGGGUUUUUCUUUCUGUAAUUAUCAGUACUAGGAUGCAGGUUGAAGUUCCAAUCAGAUAAUUUUUGUAAAGAUAAUGUUGUGUUUAUUUUGUUAGCUCGAUCAUGGCUUGUCAUACUUAUUACUGUCUGGUUCCCUGUUCAUGAAAACUGUGAAGGUUAUUGAGCUUCUUGAAGAUGAAAUAUAUUUUUACUAGUAUGAUUUUGAUAGGUAUUGUUAAUUCUUAAACCCCACCAAAUAACUCAAUGAUUCUUUAUGUAUGGAUUUUAGAACUCAAAACCAAAAUGGAUGGACAGUUUCUCGACUGUAAUGGAUAAAAGGCUUCAAUGAUGUUUAGCUUUUAUUGAAUGAAUCCGGGAUAUGGUAGAAUGGCGUUAAAGCAGUUGAACUUGUUUGCCACCUGAAAGAAUUAAAAAAAAAACUUAUAGCUCAAUGCAUCUCCCUUCUUUCAAUUUUACUGGUCUUACGUUUCCUUCGUACGGGCAUCCUUAAUAGGAGUCUAUACUCUGUAGUUAAGAAGAAAAACUUAUGGGUACUCUAAUAUAUUUCUUGGAGAGUUCGAAUUCAAAUAGGAAAAUAUGGUGUAGAAUGGAGGGUUAUGGUGAAUGUAUUUAUCAAUUUCUAAAGGUCAUCUACAAGAUCCCCCUUUUUGUAAAGGAAGCUUGUUAUGGAACCAAUAAUUCUUGCUUUAUCCCAACAAAUACCAGGAAAAUGAACUCCAUAAAAUUUUCCUUUUUUACUCCUCCUUUUGUGUUGUUUAUGAUUGCGACUUAAUUAGGGUAUUCUAUUUUUUGUGGAUAAAGAUUAAUUAGGGUAUUGUCCCAAACAGGAAAAGAGGGAUACUAAUAUAGUAAUUUGAAAAGUAAAGAAUAGUCAGGCAUCUUGAAGGAAAUCAGAUUUUGAGAUGAUUUAAGAAGUUGAUACCUAUCAUGGGUAACUUCUUGCUGAUGUUUUGUUUAUUCAUGUGAAACAGCAAGAAUAAGUAUCAUAGAUGGCAUGCAUGAUGUGUGAGUGGUAAUGCCAUAUGUAUUCACGUUUUAGUCGUUGAAAUUUAGGGUUGCGUAAGUUCAGCAGCUAGUAUAUAUAUUAAACAACCACUAUGUCAGCAUCACAUGAUCCCUUUCUUUCUCUACUUUAGACAGGAGUUUAAUGCUUGUUAAGUUCCCAUACUUUUUGCUUAAUAAAGUGUAAUAUAAGACUGUAUGACGUUUUAUGACUGUCUGAAAGGAAAUCAGUUUCAUAUUCAUACCUUAAGUUUCUUAAAUUUGCUAUAGGAAAUUCUGCAAUGCAUCGUGUGGCCAGUGCAGGCAAUGCCUCCAAUUCAGUCCGUCCUCGUAAGGAGAAAAGGUUGACUUAUGUGUUAAAUGAUGCCGAUUACACAAAGCAUUGUGCAGGUGUGAACUGUUUGGCUGUCUUAAACCCUUCAGAGCCAGAUAAUGGUAGUUACCUUUUCACCGGGAGCCGUGAUGGCACGUUGAAGAGAUGGGCAUUGGGUGAAGAGGGUGCUACCUGCUCAACUACUUUUGAGUCUCAUGUUGACUGGGUCAAUGAUGCAGUCCUUGUAGGAGGGAAUACCCUUGUCUCCUGCUCCUCCGAUACUACCAUCAAGGCUUGGGAUUGCUUUUCUGAUGGAACUUGCACAAGGACUUUCCGUCAACACACAGAUUAUGUUACUUGUCUUGCUGCCACAGAAAAAAAUCGCAAUAUUGUUGCCUCUGGUGGCUUGGGUGGAGAGGUAUUCAUCUGGGAUCUUGAAGCUGCCCUUGCUCCAUUAACGAAGACCAGUGAGGCAGCUGAUGGUGAUUCUUCAAAUGUAACUAAUGGUUCAGGAAAUUCAUUGCCAGUUACUAGCUUACGUACGAUCAGCUCAAGCAACAGCAUUACGUCACACACGAAUCAGCCUCAAGGAUAUGUUCCAAUUGCUGCUAAAGGACAUAAGGAGUCUGUUUAUGCAUUAGCAAUGAAUGAUACUGGAACGCUUCUGGUGUCUGGUGGAACGGAGAAGGCUGUACGUGUUUGGGAUUCGAGAACUGGUACGAAGAUGAUGAAGCUUCGAGGGCACACAGAUAAUAUUAGGGCGCUCCUUCUUGACUCUACGGGGAGGUUCUGCUUAUCGGGAUCCUCUGAUUCUAUGAUUAGAUUGUGGGAUCUUGGGCAGCAGCGGUGCGUUCACUCAUAUGCUGUUCAUACGGAUUCUGUAUGGGCACUUGCUAGCACUCCAACAUUUAGUCACGUGUAUAGUGGUGGAAGAGAUCUUUCUUUGUACUUGACAGAUCUUUCCACAAGAGAGAGUGUAUUGCUUUGCACCAAGGAACAUCCUAUCCAGCAAUUAGCACUGCAUGACGAUGGUAUAUGGGUUGCAACAACAGAUUCUUCUGUGCACAGAUGGCCUUCUGAAGGCCUGAAUCCUGAGAAGGUGUUUCAAAGAGGCGGUUCCUUCCUGGCUGGAAACUUGUCUUUUUCAAGGGCAAGGGCCUCCCUAGAAGGAUCUACCCCUGUUCCUGUGUAUAGAGAGCCCACCUUCAGUAUUGGUGGAAUUCCAGGGAUAGUCCAACAUGAAAUAUUGAACAAUAGAAGGCAUGUCUUGACCAAGGAUAAUGCUGGUUCUGUGAAGCUUUGGGAGAUCACUAGAGGUGUUGUGAUUGAGGACUAUGGCCAGGUUUCAUUUGAAAAGAAGAAGGAAGAACUGUUUGAGAUGGUAAGCAUUCCUGCAUGGUUCACAGCUGAUACCAGGCUUGGGAGUUUGUCAAUACAUUUGGAUACCCCCCAGUGCUUUUCUGCAGAAAUGUAUUCUGCUGACCUCAAUAUCACUGAGAGAGCUGAGGAUGACAAGAUUAAUUUGGCUCGAGAAACCCUCAAAGGACUGUUGGCUCAUUGGUUGGCAAAGAAAAAACAUAGAUUCGGGUCCCAACCUUCAGCUAAUGGAGAACUUUCUUCUGGCAGAGAUAUAUCUGCCAGGAGUAUUACACUUUCGAGAGUUGAGGUAGAUGGUAAUGCUGAAAAUGACUCUAUGGUGUAUCCUCCAUUUGAAUUCUCAACAACUUCCCCGCCUUCAAUUAUUACCGAGGGUUCUCAGAGUGGACCAUGGAGGAAGAAAAUUACCGACCUGGAUGGAACUGAAGAUGAGAAGGACUUCCCUUGGUGGGUUUUAGAUUGUAUCUUGCAUAAUCGGCUGCCCCCCAGGGAACAUACCAAGUGCAGCUUUUAUUUACAUCCAUGUGAAGGUUCAGCAGCCCAAAUCUUGACGCAAGGGAAACUGAGUGCACCUAGGAUUUUAAGAAUACACAAGGUUAUUAACUAUGUUGUGGAGAAGAUGGUUCUAGACAAGCCAUUGGAUAGCUUGAGUGGUGACGGAACUUUUGCUCCUGGGCUGCCUGGAGGGCAGUUGCAGCAUUCAAUUCUUGGAGAUGGUUCCCUUAGAUCAGGAUUGAAGCCUUGGCAAAAGCUUAAGCCUUCUAUAGAGAUCUUGUGCAAUAAUCAGGUCUUAACACCCGAAAUGAGCUUAGCCACUGUACGAGCCUAUAUAUGGAAAAAGUCUGAGGAUCUUGUCCUCAACUACAGGGUCUCAGGACGAUGAAUUGAUUGGAUCCAUGGAUGUGACUCAUGUUCCGCAGAAGCAAUUGCAGAGGCUUCCAAAUUGUUCUCUCUCAAUACAGAUGCUAGUCAUAUUGGUAUUGCAUCCAUGUAAAUUAAGUUAGGUUUCUGAUUCAUGAAGCACUUCCGUUUGAAGGAUCCGUAUUUUGACUUUUUGACCCGAGCCAUCGACUUCAGAGAAAGCAGAGUGAAAAUAGAAGCAAAUAACUCUCUUGUAGAGAUCCUUAGAGCUUUGUUGGUUGCUUAGUUGAUGUCAAAAGGCUUUUUAGAUCUGUAUUAUUGUGGUUUUUUCUUCUUGGGUGUUGGGGGUGGGGGGUAUAUGGAAAAGCACAAUACCUGCAAAUAUACCCACAGUGUGAGUGUUGUACAAGUGUGUUCCUCCCUGCACCCUAUUGAUGUGUUCUUGAUUUGGUUAAGAAAACUUGUGUUACUGAAUGUAUUCUGGACAUCUGAUUAGUAAUUAAAACAAUUUUAUUACAUUU